GUUUGAUCCGUGAAUCGUAUAAAGGUGGAGAGCCGCCCAGCUUUCCAUGAUCUGCAAUCUCUAUACCAAGUACACCCACAUCCUCCAUAUUCCAUCAAAUCCAAAACGCACAGGAGCAACACAGCAUCGUCACGGAUACAUCCUAGCAUCCUGACAUGUCACUCAACUCCUUCCGAGAUGCCAUUGGGCACGUCGAGAAUGCGAUAUAUAUGAUGAAGGGAAAGAGACAAGAGGACCAGAGCGACGGCAUGGCAUACGGAAACAACUACCACCCUCAAAGUCACAACUCAGCAUCUAUCCCGCCUCAACACCCCCCACCACCCCAGAACUACGGUCAUCCACCAUACUCACCGCCCAACGGCUGGUCACAACACUGGGACCAAGGAAGCCAACGCUACUACUACAUCGAGCAGGCCACUGGCCGUUCACAGUGGGAACCACCAGCAAACCAAUUCCAUCAGCCCCCGAGACCAACAUCAUCACAUCAACAACGAUACUCGGGUGAACAGAUGCGGGGUAGUGGAUCAGGGGAAUACAACAGUCAACACUUGAGGCCACAUAGCAACUCGAAUGCGUCGCAGAUGUCGAGUAACGGGAGUCCGCUUCCGAGAGCGAUGUCAAUCCCUCCAGGAUACUCGCUCGACACAAAGACAGGUCAGCUUGUCAACACCAUGCUGCCACCUACUGGUCACCACAGUGCGCCUGUCAAGUAUUGGUGAAUGAAAAGAAACAAAAGACAGAGGAACUACGUACAUGCGAAACUCACGCCGAUGUCAGCCUUCUGAGAGGCUUGACCGUAGAGGCCAAGACACACAAAUGAAGGCGGGGCCUCGAGCUCGCGUGGACAGCAAAGCUUCAGUCGAAGGGAGUGCCGCACCAGGCCUGCCUCAUGGAUAUCGACCUAUUAGCGCCCAGUUAUGGCCUGACUUCAGUAGCAUAUCCGUAGUUUAGAGUUGAUAGAGGCUCGGAGGGAGGUAAACGAAGCCUACGUCAACGUGCGGGUCAUCAGUUAUCGAUGCGAUAAAAAUACAUACUAUAACUCCGUGUUCCAUUGUCUAGUCUUCCACUAAGCGGGACUGGGUUUCGAAGGCCCUGAGAUUCAUCUCUACCACCUCCUUUGGAAGUCAAGUCGCAGACUUCGAGACAAAUAAAUCCAUCCUUGCCUGCGAGU